AUGUCUGCUACACUGAGAGGACUCCACCAGUCUGCCCUGGACAUUAUACAGUGUCCAGCCUCAGAGGACAGUGUGACGGACAGUUUUGGACAGUUCAUCCAGGGUGUCCAGCCCCACCACCUGACCCCCACCCUGCUCCACCGUAGCAAGAGGAUGGUUCUGGACUCCAUCGGAGUGGGACUACUGGGCAGCACCACACACGUCUUCCAGCUGGCCCUACAACACUGCCAGCACAUGUUUGCUCCCGAUGACGUCAGUUCUGUUUACGGACGCAGUGGAACCAGACUCUCCCCAACCCUUGCUGCCUUCGUCAACGGAGUGGCAACCCACUCCAUGGACUUUGACGACACCUGGCACCCUGCUACUCACCCGUCGGGGGCGGUCCUUCCUGCCCUACUGGCGGUCAGCGAUAUGCUGCCCAACAACAGAAAGCCUAGUGGGCAGGACUUCCUGUUGGCCUUCAACGUUGGGAUAGAGGUCCAGGGACGCCUGAUGAGGUUCUCCAACGAGGCUCAGAACAUCCCCAAGAGAUUCCACCCCCCCACCGUCGUGGGUACUCUGGGUAGUGCUGCAGCCUGCGCCCGCCUCCUCUCUCUGGAACGCUCUCAGUGUAGCCACGCCCUGGCCAUCGCUGCCAGCCUAUCAGGAGCCCCCAUGGCGAACGCGGCCACCCAGUCUAAACCCCUCCACAUCGGAAACGCUGCGCGGCUGGGGCUGGAGGCGGCUCUGCUGUCCUCAAUAGGACUGGAGGCCUCGCCCAGGGUCCUGGAUGACACCGCCGGUGUCGCGGGGUUCAGCGCCUUCUACGAGGACUACGCCCCACAACCUUUGACCUCUCCAGAGGAGGCGGGGUUGCGGUUCCUACUGGAGGACCAGGACAUGGGGUUCAAGAGGUUCCCGGCCCACCUGGGGAUGCACUGGGUGGCCGACGCUGCUGCCUCAGUGCACAAGCUACUGCUGGGGGAGCUGGGGUCACAGGGGAUGGGGCAAGGGUCACAGGUCGUAGGUCUGGUCCAGGACAUCUUGCUGAGGGUUCCCCACUCCAAGUACAUUAACCGUCCAUUCCCGGAGUCAGAGCACCAGGCCAGACACUCCUUCCAGUUCAAUGCCUGCUCUGCCCUGCUGGACGGGGAGGUCACCGUGUUCUCAUUCUCACAGGAGGCACUACAGCGACCCGACCUGCUGGCCUUGCUGGGGCGUGUCCGCGUUGAGCAUCCCCAAGACAACCCGGCUAACUUCGACCGCAUGUAUGGCGAGGUGCAGGUGACGCUGGUGGGUGGGGAUGUGCUGAAGGGACGCUGUGAGACUUUCUAUGGUCAUUGGCGCAACCCGCUGACCAAUGAGACCCUGAGGAAGAAGUUCCGUAGCAACGCGGGUGCGGUCCUACCCAGGGAAAAGGUGGAGGGGCUGAUUGAGGCUGUAGAGGGACUGGACAGACUGGAGGACUGCUCUACUCUACUGGCACAGCUGCAGUGAAACACACACACACACACAUCACAGACGUGCACACAUACCUACACUCUCGCGCACACACACACACACACACACACACACACACACACACACACACACACACACACACACACACACACACACACACACACACACACCUCAUCACAGCACUCUUUUCUGACCAGCUGAUCUUUUUGCAUUUCACAUCAGGUGUCUAUACACAUAUACAGACCAUGAGCUUGCAUCUUCAGGUGUGCAUGACUUACGUUGGUCUUGGAUAUUCUGUUUGCCAGUGGUGUAACGUACUUAAGUAAAAAUACUUUAAAGUACUACUAAAGUAGUUUUUGGGGGUAUCUAUUUAUAUUUUUUACAACUUUUCAUUUUAUUUCACUACAUUCAUCACAAGUACUCAUUACAUUUUGAAUGCUUAAAAGGACAGGAAAAUGGUACAAUUCACACACUUACUAAGGGAACAGCCCUGCUCAUCCCUACUGCCUCUGAUUUGAAGGACUCACGAAACACAAAUGCUUCAUUUGUAAAUGAUGUCUGAGUGUUGGAGUGUGCCCCUGACUAUCCGUAAAUUAAAAAAAUACUACUUUUAGAAGUAAAGUAAUAUGACUUUUUAUGCUUAAGGUAUAUCUUUUUUAAAUUACAUUUACUUUUGAUACUUAAGUAUAUUUAAAAUCAAAUACUUUUAGACUUUUACUCAAUAAGUAUUUUACUGGGUGACUUUCACUUUCACUUGAGUCAUUUUCUGUUAAGGUAUCUUUACUUUUACUCAAGUAUGGCAAUUGGGUACUUUUUCCACCACUGCUGUUUACUAUGGUGUCAUGAAGGGACUUUGCUUGUAGCAUUUUAUCACUUUCUACUGUGAGAAAAGUUAUGAUGAAGAAUCUACUUCCAAUGUGAGGGAAGAGACAUUUAACUGCAUUGAAUAAUUUAAAGGAUUAAAGCUAAAUUAAGUUCAAAUUAAGAAUCUACCUCCAAUGUGAGGGAGGUGGGAGAGACUAUAGGUGAUUAACUGUCACGCCCUGACUUUAGUUAUAUUUGUUUUCUUUAUUUUUUGGUUAGGUCAGGGUGUGACAAGGGUGGUUUGUUUAGUUUUUGUAUUUGUCUAGGGUUUUUUCUUGUCUAGGGGUUUUGUCUUCUAUGAGGAUUUGGUAUGGUCUAGGGGAUUGUAGGUUAAUGGUGGCCUGAAUUGUUUCCAAUCAGAGACAGCUGUUUCUCGUUGUCUCUGAUUGGGGAGCCUAUUUAGGUUGCCAUUUUCCAUGUUGGUUUUGUGGGUAGUUCUUUUCUGUUUUGUAUGAGUACCUGACAGAACUUGUGUUUUGUUCCACUUUUGUUUUUUGUUUCAGUGUUCAGGUGAUAAUAAACAUCAUGAACACGUACCACGCUGCGCUUUGGUCUAUUCCUUCCUCAGACGAACAUCGUUACAUUAACUUUAACUGUACAUUAAAUUAUCUAAACAAUCAAAGCUAAAUUAUUAUAAAGUACUGUACCUUUUACUGCAUCCAUUUAUGUAUUUACUGUUUACUUGACAAUGUAUCUCUACCGUUCUGUGUGGAUUGGGAGAAUGGAAACAAUUAAUUUGAAGGAUGGCUGUGCUAUAGAUGUAUAUGAAUAUACUUAAUUUUCUUAUUCUGUAUUUUGAGAGGACUUAAACUGUCUUAUAUUAUAUCAAUAGUGUAUUCUUCUUAUUCUAUACUUUCAUCUUUAAAUAAAAAGGUUCAACUCUG